AUGUCUGAGAGAAAGGCUAUAAACAAAUACUAUCCUCCCGACUAUGAUCCUUCCAAAGUCCCCAAGGCGAAGAAAAACAAGGACAUAGCCAUAAAGGUACGACUCCUGGCUCCUUUCUCCAUGAGAUGCCUCAAGUGUGACGAAUACAUCUCAAGUUCACGAAAAUUUAAUGCGAGGAAAGAAGACACAAAGGAGAAGUAUUUGGGCAUAAAGAUAUUUAGAUUCUAUUUAAGAUGUCCCAUUUGCAACAACGAAAUCAGUUUCAAAACGCACCCCCAAAGUUCAGGUUUUGUAUUGGAAACCGGAGCCAAGCGUAAUUUUGAACCCAAAAAUAAGGUGGUGGUGCCAGUCCAGGAAACACAAGAUGAGAUUCUAGAGAGACUCUUAAAAGAAGAUCAAGAAAACAAAAAGUUCCAGGAGUCCAGAGAACAACGAAAGAAGAAUCCUUUCUGGAAAGAGAACAACUUGAAAAAGGGUGCCGGUGAUUUAACUGAAAAUUUAGGCGAAAAGUUACAAGAACAGCAGAGGCAAUAUGAAAUUAACGAACAAUUAGAGUAUUUACAGGCAAAACAAUCAAAAUUACUUGAAAAAGAAGCCAAAUUGAAAAGCACGCCGUCAGAAGUGCCAAAGGAGACAGAACCAAAACAGAUAUCCGAAGAUAAGCUAGUUCUGGAAGCAUUCACCACUUUUACUCAAGAAGAAAAAGGUAGAGCUCGUGAAGAAGGUAAUCAAACCGACCGCCUCUUCCUCCCUUGUUGA